AUUGUACCUGCAUGGUAGAUCUCUACGAAGAAACCUAUGUGAGGAAUGAUAAUUACUACGUUUACACCAUGAGAAUCAAAAUCUUCUCCUCAACAGCGUAAUCAUAUACUACCGGCUCCGGCCCCGGCGAUUUUGAUCUACGAGCGCGAUUUUGAUUUCGAGACUGAGGCCGAUCGUCCGCAUUUUCAAGGAUGAACGCCGAAGAUAUCGAACUAUUAGUUGGACCAGGAGGCGUGGUCUCUGUCAAGCAGGUUCACACAAUUCUGGAAAGGGCGACUUUCGAGUUUUCUUCCUGUCAACGUUCUGGCGAUGAUCUUAAGCGCGGCACCCGCAAUGGACUCAUGGAAGUACAAUCAAUUUCAAUUCUUACUGUUUUUUGGAUUCAUACUACAUCUACAAUAAAUUUCAGCAUAACUAUUAGAGUUCGGAUUUCGUUCUAAAAGAUUUCCAAGCAAUUUGCUUCUUCUUCCAUCGCUUGAUGCUGUGUUCUUUACAUCUAUUCUCCUGGGCCUUUUAGAUUAUUGAUUAUUUUAGUUUUUCAUCCUCUAUUAAUAAUUAACUUCUAUAAAAAUUUUUCAGAUCGUUCCACACGAGGCGAAUAUGCGUGCGCGUUUUCGGGUUUUUAAAACGAAGCUUGCC